AUGUAUCGCAUGUCCAAGCGCGAGGGUACAAGCAACAAUCCGAGCCAUUCCUUGCGUGACCUGCCUCCUCUCUCCAUACCCAAGAAGCGCAAGCGGAUAAUGUCUGAAAAGCCCUCGCGACUACUCGCUUGCCCCCUCGAGAUUCAGCUUCUAGUCUUGGAAUCUGUCCCCAGGGACGGUCUGGCCGCCUUGUGCCUCGUCAACAAGCAUCUCGCCCGUAUCGCCCAGCCGGUUCUUCACAGGGAGCUCGAUGUCAACUGUCCUCGCGUCAGCUUCAAAUACCACGCUGCCCCGCUCGUCCUUGUCUUGCGAACUCUCCUCUCACGACCUGACCUGGCUCGAGCUGUCCAUCAUCUGCGUUUCGAUGGAUACGACUUUGUCGAGAGACGCCUUAAUGAACAUCCGGCCACGCCAAUCUUCCACCUCACAGAUGGAGACAAGCUGAAGGCAGUCGAUUUCAUCAAGGCUUUGGAUCUCUACCAAGGGCUUGACUGGGCUAAAGGUUUCUUGCUGGGCCGUGUUGACUGUCUUGUCAGUCUCCUGGUGGCUCUUACGCCGAAAGUCAGAAGCAUCUAUCUCGGCGAGUUCUUCUCUGUUGAGAUCUUCUACCUCCGAAUGCUGUUGAGUCCCGAGAGUUUCGGCAACCCAGGAGGCAGCAACGUACACAAGUUUGAGCAUCUCCGCCGUGUGACCGUCGACAACCAUUGCGCGCCAUACCACCACACCCGUUUCGAUUUCAACAACGUCUACCAAGACUUUUUUCGUCUUCUUAUGCUUGAGAGUCUGUCUAUCUCGGGCAGCUUUCCCGAGGAAUCGCAGACCUUCAACAUCGUGACGAAGUUGGAACAUCUCAACCGCCUGGAUCUAAAGCGAAUUAGUGGAGAGGAGCUUGGGCGAAUUCUUUCCAUCGCACCCAAUCUCAAAGAGCUAAAAUAUAACUACGCCUGGUAUCCGCCGACAAAUAUGCGUUCGUCCCCCGACCAGACACUGUACUUGACCACGCUACGCGAUUCCCUGGAAAGCCAUCGAUUGAAACUCGAAAAGCUCGAGCUCCUCCUUCUCGACGACAGCGACGUCCUGAACGAAGGGCCAGUGGAUACGGUCUAUCCAUUUCAGCUUGGGGGCCACUCUCUCAAACUGCACGACUUCUCGAAUCUUCACACUCUUACUGCCCCAUGGAUCUUAAUUGCUGGUCCGUCGGCCGGGGAACACCCUCCACCACUGCGCCACCUCAUCCCGAAGUCCGUGGUGCAGCUGGCCUUGACAGACGAUCUGUUUCUACAGUCGUACUGGAAAUGGGAGCCCGAUGAGAUUUGUGAGAUGCUAAUCGAUUACUUUUACGACUUGGGGGAUACAAAGACUGCCCUGGCCGAGAUGGUCCUUGUGGGACCGCUAAUUUCGAGAUUGGAGAAUGAGGUCGAGUUCGAUAAUGCGAGUCGGCUUGCUUAUUCUGUGGGUGUCGAUCUUUGUGUAGAUGAUCUGAGCAUUCAUGUAUGUGACGCAUUGGAUGAAGCGGAUGAGCGUGCACGUCGCUAUGGGCAGCCCCGAGAACCAGUACGACCACAGGUGUUUGGUUUGGCACAUAUGUUGUGA